AUGGCUGCUCAUACAACUUUAAUGCCUGCUACAGCUGAGAGCAAUUUCCUAUCCACUACUUGGAACUGUGAUACAAGAUUUAUUACAACUUCCCAAGUGGAGUGCACCUGGAUGAAGCCUGUUACUGGAGAGGUGGCCAUUAACACUGAUGGCUCUCUCUCAGACAAUGCUGCUGGAUUUGGUGCAAUAAUCAGAGAUGAAGUUGGAACUCCUUUGGAUGUUGUUACUGGUAGUUCAGAGCCUCUCACCAUCACCCAUCAUGAGCUUCACGGGGUGGAAGCUGGAUUAAAUCUAGCAGUUCUCAAAAAUCACACCAGAGUCUCUCUGAGGUCAGACUCUAUGACUGCAGUCUCUUACUUAUUGCGUCCUAACCCAAAACCACCUUGGAAAUGCCAUCAUAUCUGGGAGUCAAUAAAGCGCUUGCGUGCUAUGUUCUUGCAAUGUUCAGUUCAUCACACUUAUAGGGAAACCAAUAAAGCAGCGGACUUUCUUGCUAGCUCGCAUCCUACAGGGGAUUUUAUAGUGAUUGAUCCCAAUAACUUCUCGGAGGAACUGAAGAAGAUAGUCUAUGAAGAUGCCAUCGUAAAAGUGUACAUUAGAGAGUAA